CCCGACAUUCGGACGGUGAACACCGCAGCCAACACGUAACAUUCGCAUGCCAAAUCCUAACUAAACCUUAAAACAUUAUGUUACACUGUGCUCGUCAACAUUUCGAUUCAGUUACGUUAUUUGAAUUGCGGUGAAAAAUAAUAACAUCUUGAAAUGUAAAACAACAAACAAAAGGGAAAUCAAGAAGUGAACAUUCGUGAGUGCCAAGUGUAAAACGGCUCGUGAUCAAUUGCCAUAAGAGCCACACACACACACAUACACACAAAGCAUUUUUUCCCGAAAAUAAAAAACAAUUAACUGUAGCGAUUUGUCGUGCUUUUAACCUACGAUGAAUGAUGUUGUGUAGCAACGACCUAUUGUCUUGUCGUGACAGCAGUUGACCAAAGAGAGGCCGUGCCUGCGUUCAGCCGAUAUGGCGCAUGCGGAACUUGAUGCCACGACAAUUAAGAGUAGCCAUUCAACCAAUUCAUUGUCUUAUUCACCAGCGAUCCUCAAGGGUGGGCAACAGUUACAACAACAGCCGAGCCAAAUAUCGGCCGAAUCCAUCGGCAACUGCAGCGUUGCCAAUGCACCGCCCAGCAAUCAACAACAGCGAAGGAAAACCGUCUACUUCACUGUCGGCCAGCGACAAGAAGUGGCCAUCUUCGAAGACUAUACGCCUUCCGAAGACAUCAAAAGUUUGUUUAGUAGCGCGGCAGAAGCGGGUCCGCACGACAUUUUGAAGAUGUACACACCAGAGGGAUCAUUGGUUAACAUUUCCAACCGGCUAGAAAGUAACCGACCUGAUACUCCAUAUCGACUUGAACUGGUCGCUGCCCAUUUUAACAAAGGAUCGUUACCGGAACAGCUGAGAGCCGAACUGGCACUGCUGGAUGAAAGGGUCUCGGAUUUAGAGCGGCGUAUGCACGACCUGGCCUCCCUCUACCCGCAGGAUGUCCAAGCCAUGCGGGACGAAUUGGAACAGCACAAACAAAUUCUCGGUUUAUGUCGAGCCGGAACGACUUUCCCCCAUUCGGGAAUGGGCCGUCCGUACUGGAACAGACACAAAGCGCGUCGGAAAUCAGAAUCGGAGAAACGACUCGUCUGCGAAAAAUAUCUUCACAUCAGUACGAUGACGUUGACGGAAGAGAUCCGUCGCUGUUUGCGGAUGCCAACGUUCGACAAUUGGCAAUGGGAGGACGAAGAGAUUCUGCUCCUUUUGCAGCAAAUGUACGUCGACCUCGAUCUGUUGAAAAAAUUCGACAUCGACCUCAACGUCCUGCGCAAGUUCCUCUGCCAGGUCUACAUGAACUACAACGAGGUGCCCUUCCACAAUUUCCAGCAUUGUUUCACCGUUAGCCAAAUGAUGUACGGCAUUAUUUGGUGUUUGAAUCUGCCCGACAAAAUCGGUGACCUGGAAACAUUGAUCCUACUCACUUCCUGCAUUUGCCACGAUCUCGAUCACCCCGGAUUCAACAACAUUUACCAGAUUAACGCCAGGACGGAAUUGGCUUUGCGAUACAAUGACAUUUCGCCGCUAGAAAAUCAUCACUGCUCUGUGGCGUUCAACAUUUUAGAAGAUCCGACUGCUAACGUCUUCCGUUCGUUCCCGCCCGAAGUCUACAAGAGCGUUCGUGAAGGCAUCAUCCGCUGUAUAUUGGCCACUGACAUGGCACGUCACAACGAGAUCCUCAAUCAAUUCAAUCAAAUUGCACCAGAGUUUGACUACAACAAUCGAGCACACAUCAACCUGCUUUGUAUGGUACUGAUUAAAGUGUCGGACAUAUCGAACGAAGCGAGGCCAAUGGAUGUAGCCGAACCGUGGCUGGAUUGCCUGCUGCAAGAAUUCUUCGAGCAAAGUGAUCGUGAGAAGAUGGAAGGCUUGCCCGUCACGCCGUUCAUGGACCGGGACAAGAUCACCAAACCAUCGUCGCAAUGCUCGUUCAUCGGCUUCGUUCUCCUACCCCUGUUCGAGGCUAUUGGUCGUCUUUAUCCGGAACUCGACACCUUAAUAGUCAACCCGGUUAGAGAGGCCCUGGAUUAUUAUCGCAAACUGAACGAAGCUUCUCGUCGCAAUCUGGAACAGCCGGCCAGUCCGACGCCGGCAGUCAACGAACAAAAGGAAACCACUGCAUCCAUUGCGGAUUCGAGUAGCAUCAAGUCGUCGGAACAACAAGCUGGCCAGCACCUGUUCGAUAAUGAAGGCAAAACUAUGGAUCAUCCAACUAUCGUUGGAGCUACUCCAACUACCCCCAUCAGCCGAGAAAGUUUUAGCAGGAUAUUUAUUCGUGUUACUCGUCUUUCGAUGGCCGACAGGUCGUUUUCGCAGGAGGAAGAAAUCCGACGGUUCUCGUUCGGUCUCGAUGCCGACACGUUCACCGAAGUGGAAAUUUGUGAGAAGACUUUUUCGUUCAAAAUCAGUACAGACAUUAGACCGUUGCCCGGCUGGAGCAAUAACGGCGGAGGCAAUGGUACUUGCAACGGAAGACAGCCAUCAUCAACCUUCCGGCGAGCUUCACUUGCUGUCAUGUCAGCCUCGCUUGCGGAAUCGGCUCGCAUUCUCGCCGGAGGGACAGCUCGUAGCGCCACAAGCAGCCCCACACAAUCAGGCCCGUGUACCUAUCGUGGCGCUGUCAUCCAAGAAGAAGAGGACGAAAUCACGUUGGACAUCCCGACGGUGGCGACAGCAUCGAUUCACAAUGGUGUCGUCCUCGACAUGCACAAAGAGACGUUGGAAUCGCUUGAUUUACAACACAAUGGCCAGCAAAAAGGUCGGGCUGAAAUCACGGCGCCAUUGGCAUCGGUUGAAGACGUGACCGAUUCGGUGGUGGCUGUCGCUCCCGUUGCGACCGCAUCACGCCAGCCGAGUCGUGACAAUCCGCUGCUAAUUCGAUUGCGUCAAUGGACCGACCGAUUUGGUUUGAAUCCCGUGCGAUCAGCGUCGGCAGAGCCGCCGGAAAACGGAGCGGCAGACGUGCCCAAAUCGCCGAAAUUGCUCGGCUCGCGCAAAAUUGUAUCCAACAGUUUAUCACGUCUAUUUAGUCGUUCGUCGUCUCAUAAAGCCGCCCAGCAACAGCAAUCAAUGGCUAAUUCGGUUGCUAGUCCAGAGUCGAAUUAUCUACCGAUGCCGGCCUCGUCCGCUGGUAGCCGUCGACGUUCUAAGACAAUCAUCAAUGCCACGGAAAUGUCCCGCAGUUUAGACGACGUCCCUGCCGCCCACAUGAUUACCGAUUCGACCAAUCAUCCAUCCCAAAAACGCUUAGAUUAAUGUCAGACAUCAUUUACACGUGUGUGUCUGUGUGUGUAUGUACGUAUUCAUUAAUAUUAUUUAUUAUUACCUUUUCUUUUUCUUACCUCCCGUCUCGUUUUGUCAGCUUCUUCAUUUUAGAAAUAAUUGUUCGCAAAACACAAUUUCGUCUUUUUUGUCUCGUCUUUCAUUUGAAAUUGAGCUGUCAAGUUUAGUUUUUCAUCACACAACAUUUUUGUUCAAAUUAUUGCGCGCGCAAAAAGAAAUGGAAAAAAAAAAAACCCAUCGAACGAUUUGCAAAAAAGAUAAAUGUCAAUGUCGCCCCCCCCCGGCCAACAUACAACCAUAUCCUUCCUCUUCCCUUCCGCUGUUGAUUCCCAUUGGAUAAUCAUGAUACAUAUUAUAUAUAUAUAUAUAUAUAUAUAAAUUUAUAUAUAUACCAAUUAUUAAAGAGGAGUGAAAGACAGAAAAUAAAAAUAUAUAAAAAACAAA